CCAAAAUAUUCUUUUCCUCUCUGCGUGUUUGUUGCGUUCGGACAAAUUUGUGCAGUGAACCACUUCCGUUAACCGGGAAGUAAUGUGGGAAGAUUUAUAGAACGACAUGAAAUAAAGCUAUUUACAAAACAGCCACAGCGUGCAAAGCAAUGGACGAAACAGCCGAGAUGGUGCAGCAACCGAAAACGCAGGAAGAAAUUCUUGCUGCACGGCGUGAAGCGCGGCGAAAGAAGAUAUUGGAAAACUCCAGCAACAGACUGUCGAAAAUUGUAGGCCAAGAAAUAUCUCCACCUUCACCGAAGCUGACCGAUACAGUGGUAGACGAAAGUACCAGUACAACAAGCUCGGACAAUUUAAGCUACGAAACGUUUGCCGUAGAUGAUGAAAACACCUCAGAUUCUUCGUACGGCGUUUAUCCUGAUCCUAUGGAUGAACGGCUAGAGUACAUUAGCCCACAAGUUCAAGCACUUCUGGCAAAUUCCGGGUUAAACGAUGAUUCCUUUUUAAAUGCGAUGAGUGGCGGACCUGGCGGGUUCGGCGGUUCUAACACUAAUGGCGAUAUUUUCCAACUGCUGAACACACUCAACCAAGCACAAUCGAAUGGAGGACUUUUUGGUGCCGGUAUGGGAAACGCAACUGCAACGCAGCGAACAUCCGCCACAAGCCAAACUACCUCCGCCGAACGCAACAAUUCCUGGUACGCAAGAGCGUUUCGUAGCAAAAUUCAUCUCGUACUUGCAUCGAUCGUCACCUAUCUGCUGUUUGCUACCGGAAACGAUGCGUAUAUCGGUAGCAACGUGUUCCUACCCUUGCUGGGCUGGGAAUUGAUCGAGCUGCUAACGGUCGGCACAUCGGAACCGGCCAACGGGCAGAUGCUGCUCAGCAUGGUCUUUAUGCUCGGUGGCGUACCGAUGAAAACGUCCCAAACCAUCCUAAAGGUGAUGAACACGUUCAACAAGGUGUUUAAGGAUGUUGCCUUCUUUAUGUUCUUUUUUGUGCUUACCCACCUGCUGUGGAGUACGUUAUGGUUGAGCAUCGAGCUACGUUAUGUGCUAGGUUACGAUCAGCUCGUAGCACCCUCGUAGUGGUGCGGAUUCCAAGCGUUCUUUUUCUUUUGGGCCUCUUUAAAAUGAGGAGAGGAGAAAACAAACAUAUGCUUCGGGAAGGGAAUAAACGUCUUUAAUGUUUCACUUGUCCAUUCUAAAUGUAGCUGCUGCCAUUGUUUUGUCUAAUCGUAAACUAGCAACUGUUUCUCUUUUUUAAUACUACCAUUUUAUCUCGUCGAAAAA